AUGGCCACACUUUUCCAUUCUUCUUUGGCAUUUUUCUUCACUUUCUUGCUGUAUAAUCAUCCAGGAGGCGAAGCUGCCGUAGGGGUCAACUACGGCCUCAGCGGAAACAACCUUCCACCGCCUUCCGCGGCCAUAGCGCGCCUUCAACAAACCGGAAUUAAAAAAAUUAGGCUUUUCCAACCCGAAAAAGCCGUCCUCGACGCCUUACACGACACCGGCAUCUCAGUAAUAGUCGGAACCCUCAAUGCGGACCUUCAACCCCUCGCCUCCGACAGAGCCGCCGCCGCCGCCUGGGUCGCGGCCAACAUCCUCCCCCACCACCCCGCCGUCACAUUCACCUGCAUCGCCGCCGGCAACGAGGUCUUCCCCGGCGAUCUCGCCCAAUUCAUCCCCGCCGCGCUGGAGAAUCUCGCCGCCGCACUCGCCGCCGCCAAUCUAAACAUCCCGGUCUCCACCGCCAUCUCGAUGCAGCCUCUCUCCACCUCCUACCCCCCCUCCGCCGGCGAUUUCUCCGAGGCCGCGAAACCGGUGAUGACUCAGAUCGCGAAUUUCCUGCAGGCGAAGGGGUACCCUCUGCUUGUGAAUGUGUACCCUUACUUCGCCCGUGCGGGGGACCCGGCCAACGUGGAUCUCGACUUCGCGCUUUUCCGCCCCGGGAACACGGCGGUCCACGACGGAGAGUUGACCUACCUCAACCUCUUUGAUUCGAUGACGGAUGCGGCUUACGCGGCUUUGGAGAAGGUCGGGGCCGGGGGUGUGGAGAUCAUCGUGUCCGAGACGGGGUGGCCGAGCGCGGGAGGGGUUGAGGCGGGAGUGGAAAAUGCUCAAACGUACGUGAAUAAUUUGAUAGGGCACGUGACUUCGUCCGGGACGCCGCGGAGGCCGGGGAAGCAGGUGGAGGCCUACAUAUUCGCUUUGUUUAAUGAGAAUAUGAAGCCUGAGGGUGUAGAGCAACAUUGGGGUUUGUUUUACCCCGAUCUCACUCCGGUUUAUCCCCUUACUAAGAUUGGUUGA